AUGCCUAUGUUGCAUGAAGACGACUCGGGACGGGCCCGCUCUGGCGCUGCCGGGUCUCAGCACGCCGAUUCGGCGCCGAUUCCGAUACAGGCUCGGCCAGGAAGGGGGGCUUGGUUGAACCGGCGGCUGUCCGAGGAGAGCAUCCGCACUGAGCUGUGUGAAGGGCCCAUUCCCGACAGCCGCCCCAAACUACUACCCUCGCCGCAACGGGAUGUCUCCGAUGUCUCCCGCGCCGAGCUCAUAGAGCGCCUCAAGAAGGGCGAUGUACAUGUACAAGUACAUCAUCAUGAUUCUCAAUGCCAGCGUUCCCAGAUAUGGCCGGCCGGGCAGCAUCCCCAGCGUCUGUUCCCCCAGAGAAAGAUGUCUUCGCCGCCUCGGACGCCUCAGUCCGAGGGGGAAGCGCCGCCGGGCUUGUUGCCGGCGCCAACGAUAACCCCUGAGCGGCAGAAGCCAAGCCACGGCAAGCAGGCAAUAAUCGACCCUUUCCAAGAGGACGGAGUGAGCAUUGGGCCUCCGCGAUCAGCCCUCCACAGCGGCAACUUCACGCCUGUGAUGUCUCCCGGCACUGCCGACGCUGAGAAUCCUUCGAAUCCUCCCUGUGCCGGCGGCCAAGGUCAUCUCCGUUCGGGGCCUGCUGGAUGGAUGAGCACAUCACCUCCGAGAGACUAUACACCCUAUCACUUGGUGAAAGAAACGGCCAGUUACAGAAGAGAGGCCUUCAGGUCUUGCAGUCCCUCUUCAUUGAGUUCUUCGCUCUCGUCCAGUUUUGUUUACAAGCCGCCGACCAGUCCGUUGGUCCAAUCGGAGACCAACGAGCAGCUUGACAUGACGUUGCCCCUGAACGGCUCCCGCAAUCCUCGGCGGCAUACGCUCAACCUCUUCCACUCCCCGCUCGCGAAUGCCACGGCGACUCUCAGAACCCACCCGUACCAGGCACACCAGCCGCGGCGGUCCCUGAAUUCCACCCCCAACUUCUCGACGGGAACUUCGCCGCAGACUCCCGCAGUCUUCGGUCCUAGGCGACCAUCGCUCGGCUCGGAAGCCUCGCCGUUGCAUCACGCGUCCAUGGUGGGAUCCUACGAGGAAAGUAUCCUCAGGGGCCGCAUGUCUACGACGCCGUCCAAGCCCCUCGAGUUCCUGGCACAGAUCGGCGUCUUGGGCCUCGGCAAGUGCAAGGCGAGCCUCCGCUGCCCGCGCCAUCUGACGCUGCCUUUCUCUGCUGUCUUCUACAGCUAUGCCGACAGCUCCAAAGGGACCGAGGACGGGCCGAGCCCUUACGUGGGACAGAUCGACCUUGAACGUGGACUGCCGAGUCUGGAAGACGGCCAGCGAUCGAGGAAGAAGCUUCAGUCCCGAGCCCAAGCCCGGAAUGGCGUCGGAGAAGCAGAUGCUGCCGCUGCCGCUCACGGCCCUUCGGUCGACCUCUCCGACGGCGAGGGCGGACCGAGGCCGACCACUUCCAAACGGCGCUCCCGGUCGCCCAAGGCGCCGCCGGGGGGCGGCUACCGGAUCCCCGAAAAAGGCCAGCUACAGAUCAUCAUCAAAAACCAAAACAAAACAGCCGUCAAGCUCUUCCUCGUGCCAUACGACCUGGCAGGCAUGGAGCCUGGUACGAAGACCUUCAUCCGCCAACGCAGCUACUCGGCCGGCCCGGUCAUCGAAGCCGACAUCCCGGGCACCAGAGAUGCUCCCACGACCGCAGCAGACCGCCCGAUCCUGCGCUACCUCAUUCACCUACAUAUUUGCUGCCUGUCCAAGGGGCGCUACUACCUGUACAAGUUCAUCCGCGUCGUCUUCGCCAACCGCGUCCCCGACGACAAAGAGAAGCUCCGUAACGAGGUAACCUACCCGGAGCCGCGCUUCACGCCGUACAAGCCAGGCCGCGUGCUGCACCGCCCGCCCGCGCCCAACAACCCCCAUCCUGCUGCAGCUGCCAGCAGUCUACCCCCAAGCGCACCUUUUGCCGCAGACCGCGACUUCCGCCGGCGCAGCGCCGGGGUCUCCAUUUCCCAGGGGUACCCUGCACAUCCAUACCACCACCACUUCCUACAAUCUCACAUCGCAUUGGCCGCGCCAUUCGGCAUCUCUACCUCCAUCGACCAGCGAGCAGAACCAGAACCAGAAGCAGAAGAGGAAGUUCCCAAGUGCGAAGAAGAGGACAAGAACUCCACGGCAACACCGCCGCCGAUGCCCAUGGCAAUGCCUGGCGUCGAGAUGACCGGCCGCUCCACCAUAACACACCCUAUCACUACUACCACUACUUCUACCACUACCGGAUCCUGGUAUCGAUGCCGCGACAGUCGUGCACCGCCGCUGCAUGCAAACUCUUCCCCAAACAAGCCGCGAGAGCCCUCCUUUCCUAGCCCUACACAGACGAUAACAGCGACAACAACACCAACAACAACAAUGAACGCCCUCAGCGAUUAUGGCAAUACCAGUCUAGGGGCUUACGACAAGCUAAGCAAAGGUUACGUCGGCUACGGCGGCAGCGCCGAUGGCAGGCGUCCUUCUGCGGAAGGGCUUUUGUCCAAGAGGCUCCGCUCCCUGGGCGUCGUUCAGCAGCAGCAGCAGCCUUCUGGGCCCGGACUCGGGGAGUGGGAAGACUGUUUGCCAAUGGAACCCACGGAUUGA